AUGGACUUCGCUCGCAAGCGUUCGAGAGAUGCUGCCGAUGGUGAUGAAGGCAACGGAGAUGAAGCUCUAGAAUCUCUUUCACGACCCAUCAGUCCACCGCGCAAGAAAUUUCGUCAAAUAAAUAUACAGAAAUCGCCGUGGCAGCUCACCCGGAUUCGAGAUCUCCCAGACGAAUUAAACAAAGAUACCGUUUCGCUUCAGGACCUUCUCGGCGAUCCUCUGAUUCGCGAGUGCUGGCAGUUCAACUUUCUACACGACAUCCCCUUUAUGGUGAAUACGUUUGAUGAAACCGUCAGGCGCUUGGUUCAGCUGCAUGUAGUUCAUGGAUUCUGGAAGAAAAGCGACUUGAAUCGGAUUCUUCUUUCGGAUGCCGCAGCCCGAUACCCCAACGUUCAUUUGCAUUGCGCACCCAUGCCCGAAAUGUUUGGGACACACCACUCCAAGAUGAUGGUAAUGUUUCGCUCCGACAACACGGCCCAAAUUAUCAUUCACACGGCAAACAUGAUCCCAAGAGACUGGACCAAUAUGACCAAUGCAGUGUGGCAAUCGCCAAAACUCCCGUUGUUACCGGUGCCAGAUAUUAUAUCCCAGCACGGACAAACGCUUCCACUUGGCAGCGGACUAAGAUUCAAGGCGGAUUUGCUAUCAUAUUUGAUGAAAUAUGACUCCUAUAAAGUCACUUGUAAGCCACUGGCGGAUCGUCUCGGCUACUUUGACUUUUCCAGCGUACGGGCAGCAUUCAUUGCCAGUGUUCCUGGAAAACAUGACAUUCGCGAUGCUUCUCAGCCUGCUUGGGGCUGGGCUGGACUGCAGAGGUGUUUGCAGGGCGUACCCGUUGGACCAGGAGGGUCAGCAAUCGUCGUCCAAAUAUCCUCCAUUGCGACGCUUGGUGCCAAUGACGAUUGGCUGCAACGCACGCUAUUUAAUUCACUAGCUACAUCUCUCACUCCAAAUGCGAAUAAGCCGAGCUUCAAGGUUGUUUUCCCCACAGCAGACGAGAUCCGGAAUUCCCUGGAUGGAUACGCCUCGGGAAAUUCCAUCCAUACCAAGAUCCAAUCGGCACAACAUAUCAGCCAGCUGCGCUAUCUCCAUCCAAUAUUGCAUCACUGGGCCAACGACAGCAAAGAUGGAGCAGCGCUCUUCGCAGGGGCAUCUAUCUACGGCGAUAGUGGGCGAAAUCGUGCUGCGCCACACAUCAAAACAUAUAUUCGGUUUAAUUGUAACACUACAAUUGACUGGGCCAUGCUAACGUCGGCAAAUAUGUCGAAGCAAGCGUGGGGCGAGACGCUGAAGCCCACCACUGGGGAAUUUCGGAUCGCUUCCUGGGAAGUUGGCGUGCUGGUAUGGCCGAACUUGCUCUGUAAAGAUGGGGUCAUGUUGAGCUCGUUCCAGUCAGAUACGGUGAACAUGUCGCCAUUCUCACAAGCACAGAGACCCAUCAAGAGACCAACCAUAGCCGUCAUGAGUCGCGCUCCCAACGGCGGCUCUGGGCCCUCCGGCCUUGAGCACCCGGCCUUUUCGUCCUCGUUCCGCUCGGGCUCGCCUCUUGCCGAGCAGGUUCUGGCGCAAGACAUCGCGGCCUGCUCCGACGACGACUUUGACCCCGCCGAUGAUCUUCUCGAUCCCGACCAGCCUCACCACUUCAUGUACCGCCGGCCCAGCGGCGUGGGUUACGGAGCAGCCCGGCCUGCCUUCAACCCCAGCGGACUGGAGGAGCCCAUCUUGACGCCGCUGGAGCGAAAGCAAUCUCGCGAUGCCGAGCGCAGCCUGCUGCGAGACAACCACGUCCUUCCGCCGAAACACGCUCACAAGAGCCAGUCGUUGCCCGCUCGAAUGUACCGAAAGAUGUUUAGCACAAAGGUCCCCGUCGAGGAAUCCGGCGACGAGACCGACGAGGACGAGCCGCUGCUCUCCCGUGAUCCAGACCGUGACUACGGCACACAAGCCCGGCGACAGCGAUCCGCUGUGGAGGGAGAGGAAGACGUGGAUGAGCAAUGGGAGGAGGCAAUCACUGCCGGACGGAUUCGCACGACAUGGCAGCGUGAAGCAAAGACGGUCUUGUCCUAUUGUGGACCUCUUAUCGUCACCUUUUUCCUGCAAUACUCAAUCAACGUUGCGGGCAUCUUUGCCGUUGGUCGCAUUGGCACCAUCGAGCUGGGAGCCAUUUCUUUGGCCAACAUGUCGCAAGCCAUCUCCUGCUUGGCCCCGUUCCAAGGCUUGGCCACCAGUUUAGAUACUCUGUGCGCCCAGGCCUACGGAUCUGGCCACAAGCAUCUCGUCGGCUUGCAGUGCCAGCGCAUGGCAUGCUUCCUGCUGACCCUUUCCGUGCCCGUAAUCAUCCUGUGGCUUUUCGGAGCCGAGCCCAUCUUGCAGCGCAUGGUGCCCAACCCCGAGUCUGCUCGACUUGCCGGUCUCUACCUCAGAGUCAUGAUCUUUGCGAUUCCCGGCGUCAUCCUCUUUGAGUGCGGCAAGCGCUUCACUCAGGCGCAGGGCCUCUUCCAGGCCACCACGUAUGUCCUGCUGUUUGCUGCUCCCUUCAACGUCUUCCUCACUUGGUUGCUCGUCUGGAAGCUCGAGUAUGGCUUCGUCGGCGCACCCAUGGCCGUUGCCAUCACGGAGAAUAUCUUGCCGGUGCUCCUCUUCUGCUACGUGCGGUUUGUCAAUGGCCGAGAAUGCUGGGGCGGCUUCAGUCGGCGUGCGCUCACCAAUUGGUGGGUAAUGAUCAAGCUGGCGCUGCCGGGCAUGAUCAUGGUGGAAGCCGAGUGGCUCGCUUUCGAGAUCCUGACCCUAUUGGCCAGCCGCUUCGGAUCUGAUUACUUGGCGGCCCAGAGCGUUGUCUCGACGAUUGCGUCCAUCUCGUACCAGAUCCCCUUCCCAAUGUCCAUUGCUGCCUCUACCCGUGUUGCCAACUUGAUUGGAGCCGGGCUUGUCGACGCGGCCAGGGUGACUGGCAAAGUGACCUUUGUUAUCCACUUCAUCCUUGGAUUGCUCAACUUCACACUGUACAGCAGCCUUCGAUUUCACUUACCGCUGCUCUUCACCGAUGAUGAGACGGUCAUCUCAAUUGUCGCCAGCAUCUUGCCUGUCGUCGCCGUCAUGCAGGUAUUCGACUGCAUGAGCGCUGGUGCCCACGGACUGCUGCGUGGUAUUGGCAAACAGAGCAUAGGCGGGCCCGUGAACUUGAUUUCAUACUAUGCCAUCUCGUUGCCCAUUUCGCUCGCAUUGGCUUUUGGACUUGGCUGGAAGCUGCAAGGUCUAUGGGCUGGUGUCAGCGUGGGCUUAUUCCUGGUUACGACGAUUGAAUAUACCUAUCUGUUGAAGACGGACUGGAAUCAAGCAGCUCGAGAAGCUGCCGCCAGAAAUGCAGCGGGCUAGAAACCGUUCAAUCAUGGCGCACGCUCACCCAUUUCCAUGUCCCUUUGCGGAACUCCAUGCAUCAGGCCGUGCUGUCUUUAAUUGGGAAGAAGAGGACGAAAGUAUCUCCGUGAUAUCCACGGCUCAAAAGCAGCUGAAUGGUAAUAUCUUGAGCGAAGCCAGCUCUUGUUUCACUGUUCACAAGAUGGUAGAGGCUGGUAAGGCUAAAAGGCUAAAAAGGAGGGGAGUUUGCAUGGGAACAUUUUGCAUAAGCUUUGAGUAAGGAAGCAGACGAUAUACCUCUCAUGUUUACACAUGUAUUUAUAUAUGCUACUAGUUUGCGUGUUGGAUAAUUCUCUUUUUUUUUUUUCUGUUCAAAAAAGAUCAAAAGAUGACUUCAGAAUUCAUCAUUUAUUUUGUGUGGCUCAGGCAUUUUAUUUCAUGGUAUCCUUUUAUUCUCCUCUCGGUAGAAAGGAAAUAACUUGUAGAGAAGAAAAGAAGGAAGGAAAAAGUAUCUGAACAUUUAUAUCUACCCGUGGCUCCGUCUCCCCCUUAGGUCUCUGGAAUUAUCAAAAUCCUCCCUUCCCCUCCGGUUUUGUUUGUAUCACUGAUUACAAUUUCACCCUGACACGCCCAAUUUCGUGCCGUCCGUUAAAACUCCAGAUGAAACAUGGAAGAAUUUUCUUUUUUUGUUACAUUUGUUAUAGUUUAUGGCUUGCUUUGUUUAGCUGAGCAUGGAGUGUGUUCGGAUACCCUUGGGGCCGUGUUCGCUGUAAUCUACUCUGCUCAAGCUC